GAACACACAAAGCCAAGAUCUAAGAGUUUCCAACAUCGAUUUUUCAAGCAGAAGAAUGGCCUCUUUCUCCUCGUGCAUCCUUCUCUUCAUUGCUAUUCUUGCUGUGAUCGCAUGGCAGGCUGUAGCUUCUGAUCCUAGCCCUCUCCAAGACUUCUGCGUCGCAGACAAUAGCUCACGUGUGCUAGUUAAUGGAUUCGUCUGCAAGGACCCAAAAGUUGUGACAGUGGAGGACUUCUUCCUGGCGGCCAAGCUCGACAUGCCAAGGGACACCAAGAUGAGCAAGGUCGGUUCCAACGUGACGUUGAUCAAUGUCAUGAAGAUUCCUGGCCUUAACACGCUUGGCAUCUCCCUAGCACGCAUCGACUAUGCACCCCUAGGCGAGAACCCACCACACACGCACCCCCGUGCCACCGAGAUCCUCACGGUGCUUGAGGGCACACUCUACGUCGGUUUUGUCACGUCCAACACCGACAACAAGCUCUUCUCCAAGGUGCUCAACAAGGGUGAUGUGUUUGUUUUUCCACAAGGACUCAUCCACUUUCAGUUCAACCCCAAUCCUUACAAGCCGGCUGUCGCAAUUGCUGCACUAAGCAGCCAGAACCCGGGGGCAAUUACCAUUGCCAACGCCGUUUUCGGAUCAAAGCCCAUGAUCUCGGAUGAUGUGCUCGCCAAGGCCUUUCAGGUGGAGAAGAAGACCGUUGACUGGCUCCAAGCUCAAUUCUGGGCUGACAAUCACAAUUAAUUAAACAUUGUACCAGCCACUAGCAUUUCACAAUAAAUUUCCAUUCUGUUGUAAUAACAAAAAGUUGUUAUGUGUGAUCAGCC